CUUAAAAGUUGUGUAUGAUAAUAAGAGACUACACUCAGGUUAGAUAAAGGAAAUAUUUGUAACAGGGCAUGGGAAAACCUUAAUAACUUAUGCAAGAAAGCAAUGCGGUUUUGUUGCAUCCUUUUUUCAAGUUUUCACUUAUUUCCUUAAAAGUUGUGUACACCACUUACAUUUGCAGUAACUUUUGCUCCAGUGCCCAUCGAUAUUACCGGGUACUUAUAUUAUGUUGUUUUUCUUGCCAUGAUUAGAAUAAAACAUUUAUUUAUGUUUUAAUCUUAGCACACUUAACAAUAAAGCUUACAAUUUUUCAAUAAAUGUUUUACUAUCAAAAAGAAAAUCAUACUAAUUUUGCAAUUUUUUAAUUAGGUACAUCUGUCAAGAAAUUUAAGUUGCCAACACAAUCUGCCCUUAAGCUUUAAACAAAGUGUUAAGAAUAAGAAUUAUUAGAAAUGCAAGCAACAGGAUUAAUUCCAGCCAGAUUUCUAACUAUAAUUGCACAUCUGGUACUUGUCAUUGUCAUAUUUUGGACACGGGUGAGUUGACAUUUUAUUUUUUGUGUCAAUGCAAUAUGUUCUUGUAACUUUAACUAAUUUGAGAGUCACAAAAACUUAAAAACUUUGAACUGAUUGCAUUUUUGGGAUAUAGCUCAAAUUUAUACCUGCCAUUUAUACUGUUGCAAUCCUUACAGUAUUAGUUCGCUGACAAAACCUUUUCUUGGAGAGCGAAACAAGAAUGGUUAUUUUAUUGGUCCUUGAUUUCUUUUAAUUUUCUUUUGUUUCCAGGAAGAAAAUAUAAAAAUGUGCUUACCAGAAGAUUACAAACAGUCUGAUUAUGAUAGCAAAGAUGUUGAGUAAGUCAAAAACCAAGCUACUUUCACCAUUUAAACUUGAACAGUUAACAUUUUUUUAAAGAUUUUUUUAUCCAAUGUUAAGGAUGCACCUACAUUUAACCAUAACGUGAUAACCAUUGGAUGUAGAAAUUUAAAAUAAUUUUAAUCAGUUAAAUCAUUAAAUUAUAAAUACCUCGGUACUUAAAAAACGUAUAACUGAACACAUUUAUUUUCAGAAUGAUUGUUGCUCUGUCCAUAACUCUCGGCCUUUUUGUGAUUGAAUUGGUGGGAUUCAUGGGCGGAAUUACAAUGUUCAUGUCAUUUCAAGGUCUUUUGUGUAUCCUUUUCUACUCGAUUCUACUUUAAUUUUUUGCUCAUUACUGGCAGUGUAAUUUAAUACUAUUUAAUAUCAUUAAAAAGGUCGUGAGCAGUAUGCAGCUGUCUUGUGACAAGGGCCGACAAGGUUGCAUCCCACCCUCUAUUGGAGGCAAGGGGUAAACACUUGAUUGUCUUGUAUCACUUUCCUGAAGGCAGUGGUCUGCAAAUCACGGCUCGCUAGCCACAUGCAACUCUUUAGUGAUCUGAGUGCGGCUUGGCCAGCCGGCCACAAAUCAGUUUAGACUCAGAAAAACAUUAUUCUUGAAAUGAAAUUUGGCUCUCAAAAUUAUUAAAAAUUGUCCUGCUGCUGAUUUUUGGCUCUUUUGACUAUUGAGUUUGCCGACCACUGCCUUAAGGUAAAAGCUGGUUUGAUAGAUUUAAUCCAUGUGUCAUAUGCUUAAAUGAUAAAGUUCAAUUGGGUAAAAAUUCUUUAAUUCAAUAGAAAAAAUAUCAAUAGCUUUUAAAGUAUCCUUAACUCCAGUGCAGCAACAGCCGCACACAGUGGAGCCGCAAUUGCACUUGCAUAUUUCCUGUUUGACCAGUGGCCGUGUCAGUGGUAUUGGUACAUCUUUGGAUUUUGUUCAGCAUUUCCUGCCUGCAUGGAAAUAAUUUAUAUAAUUGGCAUUCUUUGUUUUAGGAAAGGAUACUAACUGCUAAAACUGCAUAAUGUAUAAAAUAGUUUGUAAAUAAUAAUAUGAGACCAAAUUAUAGUGUGGUCAAAAUGAAUGCGUGUGAUGUAAUACAAAUUGUUUCUUAUUCUACAUUAAAAUGUUGAUACUGUGGAGGAACUCAUUUACUUAAUAUUUAAAUUCAACCAGUUUUUUUUUUGUUUCAUCUGGCUUAGUGUAAUGUUAAUUUUAUUGGUGAGAAUAUUGAAUGUUUAUUUAACCACUGCGUACUGAAUAGAUUUUAGUUUAUUUAACCUUAGUUCCUCUCAUACUAUUUAUAUUAUAAUGCAUAGGGUGACUAUAUAUUCCUGUAGCCGUCCAUUAAAGCAUUUUCCAUGCUGAUGCCCAUUUUUGCAUUGUAUUUGUUUGUACUGGGUAGUUUUAAUAUCUCCCUCGAAAUUAACACUACAGAAUCAAGCGGAAAAUUUCAGUAAUAAGUAAUACAUUUGCAUACUUGGAAAAUUGUCUAAUGAUUAAUGAUGUGCAUAUUUAAUUAUCUUCAAACAGAUCGUUACCAUAUAUCAUUUUUUUUUAAACUGAUUAAAUGACCUAAGUUAAAUAAAUACAUUUUUUGGAGUUAAUUUCUCAGUCACAUUUAGUUGUACUUUUAUUUUUAUGAAGUUUUUUUCUUAAUAGAGAUUUCAUUAUGAAACUUUGGUACAUCAAAUUAGCAAGUCUUGUUACUAUUAUUGGAGGUAUGUGUCAGUAUUUUUUAAUUAUUGUUGAAUUUAUUUAACUUAAUGAAACCUAUCCAAAAGAAAAAUCAAAACAGACAAAAAUAAAUUGCACAACUGCC